AACCACGAGGGCCGUAGGUCCAAGCCCCUAUCUUUUCCCAUUUUCGGACUCGAAUCCCCACCUAUUUACCAUUUAAUGCCACUCCUCCUCUUUCUCUCUCUACUGUGAAACCUCAGACAUCUGUCCUCGGCUUCGUUCAGCUUCAUUGGCGGUUCCUUCCAACUCAAUCUCUACCUCCUCUAGGUUUCAGCUUCACUCCGCUACGAUGGAGGUUUUCGAAAGCUGAGGAUACUCUCUCUCAAGCUCUCAAUCUUUUUGACAAGUCCCUGGCAUUGGAUGAGGUCAAAGUUCUUGUUCGGAUAAACUCUUAUAAAAUGUGUAGAUUGCGCUUUAGGUUUCAGAUCUAAUUCUUGCUGCUUGUGGUUUAAAGAAAGUGUUUUGUGUUGUAGAAGUUCCUGCGGCGGUUAGACACAGGAAUGAUAGGCUAAGUAGGUUUUCGCUUAGGAAUUUGGGGCUUUCUUUGCUUUGAUCUUAAAUUUUUUUGUUUCUAUUUUUGGGGGGUCGUGAGCUAGGGUCUUAGCGAUGAAUCGGAGUUUUAGGGCUCAGGAAUCGCAAAUGCAAGCGGCGAUGAGGCAGAGACAGCAGCAGUUGGGAGGUCUUAGGGCCUCGAGGAUGAAUGAGAAGGAAGAGGAGCUCGCACUGUUCCUUGAGAUGAAGAAGCGCGAGAAGGAACGGAAUGACCUUCUAAACAACUCUGAAGAUUUCGAUACGCCUUUAGGAUCAAAACCCGGAACUUCUCCAAUAUUUAAUAUUUCGUCCUCGCUGGCGCCACCACGCAAGACCAGUACUGACGAUUUCCUCAAUUCUGACAAUGAUAAAAAUGACUAUGAUUGGCUUCUAACCCCUCCUGGAACACCUCUAUUUCCUUCAUUGGAGGUGGGAUCGCAAAAGACAAUGAUGAGUCAGCUUGGUACCCCAAAGGCUCGCCCCACUGUGCUGAAGUCUAGGUUAGCAAACCUACAGCCAGAGCCUACUACAAGGAGCAACUUAAUAUCUAAACCAGCAGCUUCUUCCCCUGUGUUGAACAAUUCAAGUGCUGGGACUCGCAGGCCUUCAUCGUCAGGGGGUCCAGGAUCAAGACCUGCAACACCAACUGGGCGUCCCAUAUUGACCACGACAUCUAAACCUUCAAGAUCCUCAACACCUACAUCAAGAGCGACCUUGUCUUCAACUAGGCCCUCAGUUUCUAUUAAUAAGCCCACCGUUCCUGCAGCUAAGUCAACGCUACCUGCAAAUAAGUCCACAGUUUCUGCAGCUAAGCCUGCAGUACAAGCACGAUCCUCUACACCUUUAUCCAGAUCUACAUCAAGAUCUUCAACUCCAACUGCCAGACCCACUUUACCUCCAUCCAAGUCCACAUCAAGGGCGGCAACACCCACUCGGCGACCAUCCACACCAUCGAGUACACCCAGUGUAUCUGCUCCUUUAAUUAAGUCAUCUUCUUCAGUUUCAAAGCCAGCUCCAGCAUCAUCAAGAAAUGUGCCAUCACGUGGCACUUCCCCAACGGUGAAGUCCAGGCCAUGGAAACCCUCGGAGAUGCCUGGCUUCUCACUUGAUGCGCCACCAAAUUUAAGGACAUCAGUUCCUGAAAGGCCACUAUCAGCAACAAGGGGUAGGCCUGGACAACCUAGUUCUCGAUCUUCCUCCAUUGAGCCUGGUUCUAAUGGAAGACCAAGACGGCAAUCAUGCUCUCCUUCAAGAGGACGGGCCCCCACUGGCAUGUUUCAUGCCAGUGGUGGCUCUGUUCCUGCUGUGAGUCGUGGGUAUUCUAAAGUCAAUGACAAUGUGAGCCCAGUCUUAAUUGGAACGAAGAUGGUCGAAAGGGUAAUAAACAUGCGGAAACUGGCACCACCAAAGCAGGAUGACAAGCAUUCUCCUUGUGGUAAUCUCUCUGGAAAGUCAUCCUCAUCCCCUGACAGUUCAGGCUUUGGAAGAACGCUUUCAAAGAAAUCCCUGGAUAUGGCUAUAAGGCAUAUGGAUAUAAGGCGAAGCAUUCCAGGUAAUUUACGGCCAUUGAUGACAAAUAUUCCAGCAUCAUCUAUGUACAGUGUAAGGUCUGGGCCUUCACGAAGCAGAGCUAUUAGUGUUUCGGACUCUCCUCUUGCCACAAGCAGCAAUGCUAGUUCUGAAGUUAGCGUGAACAAUAAUGGCUUAUGUUUAGAUGGGAGUGAACUAGAAGACGAGAUUGGCAGUGAGCGAGGUGGCCGAUCACCUGCUAGUGUGCGUGGCAGGUGAUAGUUCUAAGGCCUAUUAUCCUGAGAUAUAACUGCAUUGUAGUCUCCCUAUAAUCUCGUUUCGUUUUGAAUCUGAAUCAUCCUGACAGCUAAAGAGAAUCCACUUUCUCAAGUGAGCUGACCGAAGUCAUGCUUCUACGAUUAAUGUAAAGUUAUUGGAAUUGUUGGGAUUUGAGAGAUUAUGUAAUUCAUGGUUGUUCCAUUAGGGAAACUCGAUUAUGUACUGAACAGUCCUACGCAUUCUGUUAUUUGUUGUGUACUUUUCUUUGGAAAGUUUGGACCCUCGUCAUUGAAACCUAGAAACUCAAACUACUUUCUCAA